GCGUUCUGUACGUAAAAUGAUUUCCUCCUAGCGAUAGAGAGAUUACAGGUGGAUGAAGGACGAUGUGAUGGUUCAGACGGUCGGAAAGGAAACAUGGAGUUAUAUUUUAUACGUGGUCUCCUUUUCGUCGCCCUGACAGCUACGACAUUUGGAGACGAUGGACAGGUGACGUUUGUAUCCGAGCUCUCGUCCAAACCAGCUCAGAAGUUGUCAAAAUAUGGUUGGUUCGGCAACGUGAGGCUGCAGAGGUUUCAUAUACCAGAGGAGACUGCAAUCGCUCGCUGGCUGUUCUCUGUGACCAAGGGCCAUAAAUUUAACUGUGGGCAGCACAACGUCACCAUCCAUAUUCGAUGGGGUGCCCCUCCAGUUAUAAAUCCCAUAGGGUCUGUGUUUCCCAAUGCAACACUAUGGAGCCCUUGUCUAUCUCUGACCUUACCGGUGACAUCACACAGCUCCACGACAUUUAACCUCUCCAAUCCUGCGUCUGGUGAUUGGUACGUUGGUGCCCACUUGCCUGAAGAUGAUGGCCGCAUAGAGCAGAAGGGCUUUCCGUCCUGCUCCUACUUCUUCCAGCCUCAGUUAUCAAUCAGGAGAGCAGUGGACACACCCAUUUUACAGCAGGGCACGUUCCUCCAGCAGACCGCAGCCCCUGACAAACCUGCUCGCCUUAAGUUGCAUGUUCCAGAGUUUGCCUCGUCUCUCUCCGUUUCUGUGGCUGACUGUUCGUCUGGGGAGGGAGGGGCGGACGCUGGAAACUGCUCGCUGGUCCUCAGGCUUGGCUCCACCUCUCUGCAGGAGGGCCCAGUAACAGUGAACUGCUCAGGGAUCAGCUGCUCUGCGGCUCUCUCUAGCCCUCCUUGGGACACGUGGCUACGAGUUGUCGUGGAAAGCGGCCAAGAUAACCGCACUGUGACCUUUAGUAUUGUCUCAAACUACACAGUGGGAUGCAAGCCAAAAAGUGUGGGCCUUACAGCAGACGAUGACAUCAACAAGCUCCGUGGCAACAGCAGCUAUACCAACGCAACAUCGGCAGCUAACAGCUCAGCGGUUACAGGGGCAGUUGCCUUAAGCAACGAGUCGGCAUCACUGUUAUCACCCUUGCUGGCGUCGGCAUGUGUGUGGAGCAUCCCCGUGCUCUACGAGGAAGUGGAUGUUCUGUCUCUCCGAUUCACCCCAGUCAACGGACCCAACGUCAGCGUCACAGAUACACACCCCACGCUGCUCACCUACCCCCUGCACGCACAAGCCACUGGUGGUACACUCAACCUACAGCUCACACUCAACAGUACUAAUGUAACCAUGGGAAACAGCAGCAGCGUGGUGGCUUGUCUCUCUCCCUGGGCUCCAGUCCUCGAACUCAACCAGUCCCAGCCGUGUCGCACAGCUUUGUUCGGAGGAUACGGUGUUAAUGUGAAUGCCAGUGUUCCUAAAGCUGUGGUCAGGCUGCCUUUCCCUCAGUCAACAACAUGGUACCUCACUCUACAGCUCAUAUGCAACAGCAGUGACUGUGGUAAUCUGUCAGUGGUGUCUGUGGUCCCAGAGGUUUUCAUCAGUGCCUGUGUAGAGGACUGUGGGACAUACGGCGAAUGUAGACUACUGAGAUCCUACAGCUACCUGUACGCCGCCUGUGUCUGCAAGGCUGGCUGGAGUGGUUGGGGCUGCACUGAUGAUUCGACAGCUCAGUCAUACAGUCGCCAGCUGACGGCCACUCUGCUGCUCACACUCAGUAACCUGUUCUUCCUGCCUGCCAUCGUGGUGGCUGUCAGACGCUGCUACAUCAUCGAGGCCUCCGUCUACCUCUUCACAAUGUUCUUCUCCACGUUCUACCAUGCAUGUGACCAGCCGGGUGUAGCCGUAAUGUGUAUAAUGGACUAUGAUACCCUCCAAUACUGUGACUUCCUGGGGUCAAUCUGUUCCAUCUGGGUAACCAUCCUAUGCAUGGCUCGCAUCAGAGACACAUUUAAAUAUACUCUGUUCAUGAUUGGGGCUCUGCUGAUAGCCAUGUCAAUGCAGCUGGACCGCAAAGGCCUGUGGAACCUGCUGGGCCCCAUCCUCUGUGCCAUACUGCUCAUGGUUACUUCCUGGGUGUACCGAGGGGUGCGGCGGCGACAUUGCUACCCACCUUCAUGGAAACGAUGGGUCCUCUACCUAAUCCCCGGAGCGCUCUGCGCUCUGAUCGGGGUAUGUUUGUACAUUUUCGCCGAGACAGAGGACAACUACUACUACACACAUUCGCUGUGGCACAUCCUGGUGGCCAGCUGCGUUGUGUUCCUGCUGCCGCCGAAGGAGAAGAACAGGGAGGCGCUCGGCUGGACCAGGGGCUGGAGCUGGAGCUGGAGACCCCGGGUUUGUGGAUACACGCUCUGUCAGAGCAGCAAGGAUGAACUCUACGCCGUCACAUAGUGAGACAUGAGACGCUGUAAAGAAGCAAAGUGACUAGGCGUCGAUUGUUAGACAGCUGUAUAAGUGCUACAAACAUUCACAGAAAGUACAAAGACAUACAUAAAGCACAGGGUGUCUGCUGGUGCUGACAAAAAUUACAAUAUCUUCAAGACUCUCUUGGAAUUUUCUAAAUGUCCUAAAUAAAGCAUUUAAAAUCAAAUUUAGAUGUAUUGUUAAUGCCUGCUGCAGACUUAUAUUCUCAUAGGCCUACAGUUUUCAUAUUCACAUUCACUUCAGGUUUGAAGCUGUUCUUAUGUUUGGUCAAAAAUGGAAAAAAAACAAAACAAAACUUUGCAGACAUCCUGAAAUACACACACACACACACACACACACACACACAAAAAUCCCAAACCGAACCCGCUGAAACCUCCAAGGUGGUCCACUGCACCAGCUUACCAGCAGACCACCUGACCUUUGACCUCAUGACCAGGAGUUUGUACAUAUUGUAUAUGUACAUAUUUUACUAGCAUAGUAAAUGAAUGUUCAGAAUAUUUAUAAAGAAUAGCACUUUGUGGAACUCUUUUAAAUCUUUAUAUCCAGUCUAUCGCUAAGUCUACUGAUAAAGUACUUUACAUUUAUAAUAGAUGUAAACACUCCUGAUUCUUGUAUCCUCAAAUGACACAAUCCCAACUCAAGGUCCACUUUCUAUCUUUUUCCGGAGCUUUCAGCUGUAUUACAUGGUCUCUGUCAUUUAUUUUUUUUAAAUCUUCAAAAUAGUUAUAGCUAAAUAGCAGAACACUGAAUAAGAACAAUCAAAAUGUCUAAUAUAAAUUGUUUAAAACAAGUAAACUAUUCUGUUACCAAAGUUUUCUCAUCACAUUUAUCAUAUUUUUUUCCAUGAUGUCAUCUUCAGCCUCUUACAUUUCAAAUGUAAUGUCAAGGCUUUUAGUCAAGUGUGCAUGCAAACAAAUGAAAGUGCAGUGGUUUGGGAUACAGGGUGCCUCCUUACUUCUUAAAAAAAUCCACAUCUUUAAGUACUGUACAUGGCAGGAAGUUGUGUUCAUGUACAGAUUUACAUGCAUCUUGUGUUGAAAAUUAAUGACUCCUUCCUUGUCUUUUGUGUCCUCAUCUUCUAUGUUUGUGUCCCCACUCUAAAACCGUACCAGUCCUUACUUUUUACCAAGAGUAACUCUAAAGCACUUUUAUGACUCCACUAUGUAAUGUACAUAGCCAAUAUGUGUAUGAAUGGGCACUUGAUGAAUGUAUAUUCAGAUUAAUGUGUCCAGUGCCUCCUCUUUCCUGUAUUUUUUGGUGAAUGAGUGUACUCUAUAUGAGUGUGUGUGUGUGUUUUGUUUCUUGCACCAGUAAAGCUAUUCCAUAUUUUGUUUUAUGUAAGACAAUUUAUGUGCAUAAGUUUAUCUGUUUAAGUGUCCCAUAUUAUUAUAGUUUUCUUCAGAUUUUCUUAUUGUGAAUUUGCACAGGUUCAAAUUGAACUUUUCUGAUUGUUGCACUUGCUUAGCCUUCCUUAAAUUAAGUAUUGUUUUUCUUGUGUGUGUGUAUAUGUGUGUGUGAGAGAGAGAGUGUGAAUCAUAUUAUUUUGUUGUCACAACAAACCCUUAUUAUGUGUAAGUAUGAGGAAAUGUAAUGUUUGAUGUAAAACAGGAUUUUACUUCACUGUACUGGACAGUUACUCUUCAGUCUGUUAAAAACCCAAACAGCAUUUAGCCUACCAAAAAUAAAUCUCUUGUUUAAAGACA